AUGCCCGUCUAUAAGGAAGAGCCGGAAGUCUUGAUCAAGGCCGUGGAUUCCGUCGUCGGUAGUGAUUACCCUUCAUGUUGCAUCCAUGUAUUUCUUUCCUAUGAUGGCAGUUUUAUCGACGAGCCAUAUCUCCGUGUGAUCAAUCAUCUUGGCAUUCCUAUAUCACUUCGGAACUAUCCCCAGAGUAUUGACGUGACAUACAAAGGAUCAAGGAUUACUGUCUCUCGCUUCAGACAUGGUGGCAAGCGGCAUUGCCAAAAGCAGACCUUUAGGCUUAUCGACAAGGUGUACGCUGAUUAUCUCAAGCAACACGAUGAUCUAUUUGUGCUCUUCAUCGAUUCCGAUUGCAUGCUGGACCGACUGUGUCUCCAGAAUUUCAUGUACGACAUGGAACUGAAACCAGGGAGCAAGCGUAAUAUGCUAGCCAUGGCUGGUAUUAUUACGUCAACCACGGAGAAGAAUUCGCUUAUCACCGUCCUACAGGACAUGGAAUACAUACAUGGGCAACUCUUUGAGCGCUCUGUAGAAUCAGGCUGUGGUGCAGUAACUUGCCUUCCUGGAGCUCUGACAAUCCUUCGGUUCUCUGCAUUUCGCAAAAUGGCCAAAUAUUACUUUGCAGACAAAGCUGAGCAAUGUGAAGAUUUAUUCGACUACGGGAAGUGUUACCUGGGUGAAGAUCGCUGGCUAACGCACCUUUUCAUGAUUGGAGCCAGGAAGCGCUAUCAAAUCCAAAUGUGUACAGCAGCCUUCUGCAAGACAGAAGCAGUGCAGACAUUCAGUAGCCUCCUGAAGCAACGCCGCCGAUGGUUCCUUGGUUAUAUCACUAACGAAGUGUGUAUGCUAACUGACGUUCGAUUAUGGAGGCGAUAUCCGCUUCUAUGUUUGGUUCGCCUUCUGCAGAACACCAUCCGGACGACCGCGUUGCUUUUCUUCAUCCUGCUUAUUUCGAUCAUGACGACAACCAGCAGAGUGGAUGAUCUGCCGGUGGGGUUUGUUGUCAUAUCACUUGUGCUGAACUACACGCUCAUGCUCUAUUUUGGCCUAAAACUUAAACGAUACAAAGCUUGGCUUUAUCCGCUAAUGUUUAUUCUGAACCCUUUUUUCAACUGGCUUUACAUGGUCUACGGUAUAUUCACUGCCGGCCACCGCACAUGGGGAGGUCCUAGGACCGACGCCGCCAGGGCUGACGAGUUUACUACGCCCGAGCAAGCCGUAAGGCGGGCGGAAGCGCAGGGGGAUGAAUUGAACGUCGAAGUGGAAACUUUCCGAUCAGUAGUAGAAGGGAGGGGAGGAGUGCCCGUCCGACCGCCAAGGAAGGUCACCGGGCGUUUUUCAAACGACGAAUCUAUGGGACCCAGAGGGGAAGCUGGUAUGGUCGAUGACACAGAAGCCGGCCUGACGAGGUUCUUGUCUCCUCUUCCAGAAAUCCCUCGGAUUGGCCUACAUUCACCAUGGUCGACGGAGUCUGUGAUGUCGUCCGACUCUGGCUUGGAGCCCAUCGAGAUGCCGCAUAAAGUGGAAAGCUUGAUGGACCAAGAGAAACUAUACCUCAGCAAUAAGGCACAAGAAACCCCGAGCUCUCGUCAAAGUAUGGAUACAUCCAGCGAUACCCAGAGCACAGAUGGUUCUCAGACAUCGAAGCCAGACAGUGAUGUGAACUGUACCAUCACUCAAGACGAUUCGGUUAACCCAUUAGCAGCGCGAAAUAUGAAUGCAGCAGCAGAAGCGGCCGAGUCGGAGCAGGUGCCGAGUGAUCAUGAGUCUGCAUCAAACGACUCGUGUAAAUAUGCCGAUCCCGUUACGACAGCACCGAGCGUCUCGGAAGGAGACAGCCCUCAAGCUCCGCGCUUGAGCAAGGCCCCGAGCAUGGCAAAGUCUCGGAAACGAGGAACGGUUGCCUAA